AUGGCUUCCAGCCGGCCCUGUCCCGGCCCCAGCGACGACCGCAUCAAACGGGCCUGGCAGCGACCGCCCUCCAUCUCUCGCGUCUGUCGAGAGGCUCGCAGCGUCGCAUUGCGACAUGGAGCGAUGCGCUGGGCGGAACACAUCUCCGCCGGCCGCGGCGAGCGUUGGAUCAAGACAUGGAUCGAUCCCACCGCCGACUUAGUGUUUAUGGAUAGCAUCACAGACCCUUUCAGCAUCCCCAAGGACAUCCUUGUUAAUCACGUGCUGGCCACGGCGCAGCAGGCUGGGGCCGUGGUGAUCAGCUGGAGUUAUAUCAAUUUCCACCGCAUCGAGGAAACGGAGCGUCUGAUCACCUUCCUCAACAAUCCGUUUAUGUUUAUCGUCCAUAACUACAUCCUGCACAUGACCGAGAGGCAGGCCAUUGAUUCAGGACUGUUUGGCUCCGAGGCCGAGCAGACUACAGUGCUGGUUGACGUGAAUGACAAGGAGCGGCUGAAGAGGUUUGCGGCGCUGUGCUCGCAGACAGAGAGCAAUCUGUUCAUUCUGGAAAACCAUCUAAAGUCACUGCAGGAUUCCUCGCUACCGGAGUACAUGUCAUUUCCGCACACGAUGCAGCAGGACUUUGUGCGCAUAUGGCUCCGUCUCCGCAGGCAUGGCAUCCCCAAAUACCAGGAUGCAAAGGACGACCCUCGUUGGGAGACGUUGUAUAAUAGAUUUGGCUUCUUGAAUUACGAGCACGCCUUGGUGAAAAGAGCAAUAGACUCCAUGCCGCGGUAUAAGCCCAUGUUUACAUUUCAGCGCUGCCAGAAUUCCCAGCACCUUUUGAUAUAG